GUACACUCAGUAGCGUGCAGCUGAAAAAUGCAGAAUUACAAAUGAGUAUUGACAGCUUGCACGCUGAGAUGGUCACGAAGGAAGAUCAACUGACGAUAAGUCGUAACGAAACCGAGCAGUUGAAAUUGGCACAGUCCAAUGCACUUGAGGAUACCAAAAAGCUGCAAGAGCAACUUAUAACCGUGCAAAAUGCACUAGAACUCGCGAAUACGGAAGUGAAAUUCAGAAACAAGGUGGCAGAAGAGGACAAAAAGAAAAUGGACGAGUUGAGAAAUAUGGUCGACACUGUACAGACAGUGAAUGCAAAUAUAUCAGCGACCAAUGCCGGGAUGUCGAGGGCUUUGCAGGCAUUGGAAAAGGAAAAAUGCGAAACAGCAAACAUUUUCGAACUCUUUGAAAUGGAAGCUGAUCAAAAUAUGGAAAAACUAAGUGAAAAGCUUGUGGAAAUGAAACAACAGCUUGGUGAUGCUCAGACGCUGCUGCAACACAAGGGCAAAACAAUAGCUGAAAAGCAAAUCGAAUUGGAAAAUGUCGUUGCCAAAUUCGAAGCAUCCCAAGCAGCUCUAGCCAGUGUGCAAUCCACACUACUGGAUCAAGCGACUCAAAUCAAUGAAUUGAAUACUGCAAAAGAUGAGCUACAGAAGGCGAUUGAAGAGAAAGGACAGACCGUUCAUGCACAUCACGCAGACUUACAAACCCAGCUCGAUGAGUAUAAAAAAGUUGUCGAUGAAAUGGGUGAUGCCACCACGGCGAAAGUCGUAGAGUUACAAAGUUUACAAGAACGUAUUAAGCUUUUAGAACAAGAACUGAUGCAGAAUUUGGAGGUGCAAAAAACAUUGAAGACAGACAACGCUAGUCUGCAGCGCAAACUUGAGGUUGUUGAGCUUGAGAAAAGGCGAGAAAUUGUAGCUUUGCAAAGUCGACUCAACGAACAAGAAGCACUAAACAUAUUAAAGCAGAAUGAUUCAGCUAUAGGCAGUGUGCCUAAAGAGGGCGAUGAAACAGAAGACAAUACAGCACAAAUUAACUUCCUUAACUCCAUAAUUGCCGAUAUGCAAAAAAAGAAUGACACAUUGAAGGCCAAAAUCGAAGCGCUCGAGGCGUUACCUACUGAUUUUACACA